AAUCGUAGUUUUCGAAACCGUUCAGUGCAUGCGCUUCCACGGUAAUUAGUCAGCUCGUAGUUGGCAUGAUCAGUGGGCAAUUUCUCUGUUCUGUUUUAUGUGUAUGAAAUGCCUGCGGAGAGUUUACGAUGGGAUACUCUAGAAGCCUUGAAAAAUUCUCCAAAAGGAAGAAUAAAAUACAACCCGGAUUGGCUUGAGAGGGGAGAGGACAUCUUGGCCGGCUGCAAUGAGUCGCCCAGUUUGUCCCCUUUAUCGGGACUCAUCUUGAAAAGACUCAGCACUCGGCCUCUGCAGAAGACUCGUUCCUUGUGCUCCCCAUCGCGAGACACUAGCCCGGGUCUGUCCGAAGAGGGGGCGCUCUCCAGCUCUCUUCCGACCAGCCCCUACCAGACCCUUCUCAGUCCGGCCUCGCCACGCAGCGCCUCUCCUUUCCAUCUCUCCUCUCCACCGACUUCCAGCUCAAAAGAAGAUGAUAAACCGGAAGAGGAGGAGGAGGACGAGGACGAGGCAGACCUCAGUCCGGUGGCCAACCCGACCCCACCUCCCGCCAUCUCGUUGAUGUCUCCAAAGGCAACCCAGGUGGCCGGGUUCAUCCGCAUCUGUGAGGAGAAACACCGUGCUAAAGCCAAGGCAGAGCUUAACCGGCGUGUGGAACUUCAGGAGCGUCUGGUUGCCACAGUAGCGGGCCUGGAGUCGGAGCAGCUGAAGCGCUUUGAGGAGCUGAUGGAGCUGAAGCAGCGGCAGGAGUUCCAGAGCAUGAGGGACAUGCUAGACAAAGAGGCACAGGAGAGCCUAGGGCGCCAGGAAAAAAUGAAAGAAGAACAUCAGAAAAGAAUCAAGAUCCUGAACCUGCGUCUGCGGGAGGCGGAGCAGCAGCGUGUGCGGGAGGCGGAGCUCGAGCGCCAGCGGCAGACGGAUGGGCGGGAGCGUCUGCGGGCGCUCAACGCCGUGCAGGAGGAGGUGCUACAGCUGCACCAGCUCCUGGAGCCCGCCACCGCCCUCGACCACGCGUCCCUCAUCACCCGCGGCAACCAGCUCUGCUCGCAGGUGUCUGAGGUGGUGCGCACCACAGCAGAGGGUGAGUUCCCGAGUGUGGAGGACAUGGCAGUGGUGGAGCGUGCGCUGCAGGACAUGCGCUCGCUGGUGCGGGAGCUGCAGCAGCAGGUGUCCCAGGAAGUAGAGAGGAGGAGGAGGGAGCAGGAGGAGGAAGAGAAUCGGCGCAAGCAGGCCGAACUACAGGCCCAGCAGGAGCAGGAGAAGAAGAACGCAGCGCUCUCCGCCAAAGAGAAGGCCAAAAAAAAGGGCUUACAGACCAGUGCUGAGGAGAGCACCCUCAAGUGGUUUAAAGAACUACAGGAAGCAGCCUAUCAGUGUGCGCAGUCUUUUGAAGACCUGAAUAACACAAAAGACAUGCAGACCAAGAAAAUGCGAAUGGAGCUUCAGAAGGCUGCUAGCAUCCCUGUCAGCCAAAUAUCCAGUGUAUCCGGGUCCAAGUUGAGGGAGGUAUUUGACAAGAUUGACAAGCUGUUGUCAGGGCGACCCGUGGUCUCUGGAGGCAAGUCUGUGUCCACUUCCCUCCAUCCUCACGGACUUGAGUUUGUGAGCUACAAACUGGCUGAGAAAUUUGUGAAACAAGGCGAGGAGGAGGUGGCGUCUCACCACGAGGCUGCCUUCCCUAUCGCAGUGGUGGCCUCCGGCGUGUGGGAACUCCACCCCAGAGUGGGCGACCUCAUCCUGGCGCACCUGCACAAGAAGUGCCCCUACUCCGUACCCUACUACCCCCCCAUGAAGGAGGGCACCUCCGUGGAGGACUACCAGAGGAUCCUGGGAUACCGUGUGGAGGACUCAGGAGUGGAGGCGCAGGACAGCUUCCUGAAGAGGAUGUCUGGGAUGAUCCGCCUCUACGCCGCCAUCAUUCAGCUCCGAUGGCCUUACACCAACAAACAAACGCCUGACCCCCACGGGCUGAACCACGGCUGGCGCUGGCUGGCCCAGAUGCUGAACAUGGAGCCUCUGGCUGACGUCACGGCUACCCUCCUCUUUGACUUCCUGGAGGUGUGUGGUCAUGCACUUAUGAAACAGUACCAGGGCCAGUUCUGGAAAGUCAUCUUCCUCAUCAAGGACGACUACUUUCCCAGGAUCGAGGCGGUGACCAGCACCGGUCAGAUGGGUUCCGUCAUGCGGCUGAAGCAGUUCCUGGAGAAUGCUUUGAGAACCAAACAGAUCCCACCACCCAAGGGGCAGCUGUUCCCUGGCUUCUGGAGGACCUGAUAGGUGGCUCUCGCCGGAGCUCUUUCCUGGGAAGGACUUGACUGGUGAUUUGGCGUCUUCCUCUAAAUGCAUGGAUCCACCGGCCAGCCGUCAAGUGUCCUGACUACCCUGAAUAGCUGCUGCAGUCUUAAGAAACCUCACUCAUUCGCGCUACGUUUGCAUGCUACGCAGCCUCACAGCGGUUCCGUCCAACAGUCGGUACCAUAUGUCAUUAACAACGCACUGUCUGUGUUCAUAUUGCCCUUCGUGGUAUUAAGCCUUAAGCCAGUUUAGGGUGUUUUGCUGCCUUAUACAGUAAGAGUAUAGUGUCCAAACCAUGCAUGGAUCUUUUGUUUUUGGGCAUUUUUUUCACAUUACACAGUAUGUGAAAUCUGAUGUGAUGGGGGGGGG